UAAAGUUUCGAAUUGGCACAAGAUGUGAGGGAUUGAAAAAUGGGAAGAUAAAAUGAAUAUUUGGUAAUGAAUUCUUUCCAAAUUUGGUAUGCUCAUAAUUUCCACCUCCAAUUAUGUUAAAUCGCAAAAUCUUCCAAAUUAAUUACGCGCCACCUCCAUGUUAGUAUAUAUAAGAAAUGCCAUUCCAAGGAACAAUGCCAUUGCUUCCAUAUUAUCACAACACCAUUCUCUUAUUGGCUUUAUUUUCUUUUGAAGAUCGAUGACGAGGAAGAAGGUGAAGCUAGCCUUCAUCACCAACGACUCGGCUCGAAAGGCGACGCUGAAGAAGCGGAAGAAGGGGCUGAUGAAGAAGGUGAGCGAGCUGAGCACGCUGUGCGGGAUCGACGCCUGCGCGAUAAUUUACAGCCCGUACGAGAACCAGCCGGAGGUGUGGCCGAGCACGGCGGGGGCGCAGAGGGUGGUGGCGCAGUUCAAGCGGAUGCCGGAGAUGGAGCAGAGCAAGAAGAUGGUGAACCAGGAGGGGUUUAUCCGGCAGAGGAUCGCCAAGGCGAGCGAGCAGCUGAAGAAGCAGCACAAGGAGAACAGGGAGAAGGAGAUAACCGAGGUGAUGUUCCAGUGCUUGACGGGGAAAGGGCUGCACAGCUUGGUGAUGUUCCAGUGCUUGACGGGGAAAGGGCUGCACAGCUUCAUCCUCACGGACCUCAACGAUCUCACCUGGCUGAUUGACCAGAAAUUGAAGGAGAUCAACAAGAAGAUUGAGGAUCUGAAUAAGGCUGCUCCGGCCGCCGCCGUGCCCGGGGAGGUGGGGAUAGAUUUGGGGCAAAGGCCGCCGCCGCAGUGGUUUGCGGAUUGGAUGAUGAGUAACAACCAGCAAAUGGGGUUUGAGCAUGGCGGCGGCGGCGGAGGAGGGGGAGCUGCGGAGGAGAUGAUCAUGCCGCUUUUCAACGACAAUCAUCACCCUAUUCCUAUGUGGCCUGCAACUGGUGCCGCCUUCUUUCCUUAAUUCAGAUCAUAUUUGCAUUCUAUCUUUAUUUAAUUACAUCCGAUUUACAACAUUCAAUUAUUACUAUUAUUAUUACUAUCAUCAGUAUUAUUGUUACUAGUAUUAUUAUUGUUAAUGAUUAUGAUGAUGAUUAUUAUUAUUAUUAAAA